CCUUUGUAUAUUGUAUGUAUGAUCAGUAAAAAACACUAUAUUAAUAUUGUUAUCUAAAAAGUGUAAACAUUAUUGGAGGUUCAAACACAACCAUACAUGGACAAGGAACUCCCGAAAACGGGGUCAAUUUUAAUCGGCAUCCAAUUUUUUUAUCUUGUCCUUCGCCUACGCCAAUGCUACAAAAGAUAUAGCUGCACAUCAUAAUAAUAUUAAUACAUAUCUAUACAAAACGCUUUUGAAUUAUGAACUUUGAUUCUUACAAACACAGAGGAUAAGACUAGAUAAAUAUUUUAGUAAAAAGCCGGUAUCUGGUCGUAUUCCAAACACUCUGUAAGUCCAUUUCCUAUUGGAUACAUCAAGUUUUUUAUAGUUGUGCCCCAUUGUUUCCACCCUUAUAUUAAUAGUGCAAGUGUUUGUUUAAUUUUAUCGAAAUAAAAUAUAAAGAUGGCGUCCCCCUUUGCUCUGGACUAUUCCCCGCCCAGCGCUGAAACGUUGGCUUUAGCCGAAAAGGAACUUAGAGAAACUCCAGAAAACAUCAAAACAGCUUUGGCAGAGCUAAAGGAGCUUUUAAAAAACGACGACGAAAUUUAUUUCAAAGACGAUGACGAAGUCUUGACGAUUUUUUUGAGGCCAUGCAAAUGGUAUGCCAAAAGCGCGUAUGAAUUGAUGAAAAGAAUAGCAGAUUUUAAAGUGAAACACGCAAGCCUCGUUGGUAAUCUGGUUCCCGACAGCGAGCGAAUCGCCUUCACUGAACAUGAUGUUGUAAACGUUAUGACAAAUUUGGACCACAAAGGCAGAAGAGUACUUAUAGUUAACUCAGGAGAAACAUGGGAUCCUUCGAAAGUGACCUCAGACCAAAUGUUCCGGCUUUUCUACAUCAUCCACAUGUUAGCCGUUCUCGAACCAAGUACACAAAUCAAUGGCGUAGUAGUUAUCAUGGAUUACAAUAAUAUGGGCUUGAAACAAGUAAGAGGUUUGGGGCCAUCUUUUGCUAUGUUAUUGUUGUCUUUUAUUCAAGAAGCGAUGCCAUUAAGGCUCAAAGAAGUUCAUAUGGUUAAGGAACCCUUUAUAUUCAACAUGGUCUGGUCCCUGUUCAAGCCUUUGUUGAAACCAAAAUUAAAGGCCAGAAUUUUCUUUCACGGUAAGAAAAUGGCAUCUCUUCAUAAACACAUCCCCCCAACUCACCUGCCCAAAAAUUAUGGUGGGGAACUUCCGGAAAUCGAUUAUUCCGGAAAAGAAUGGUACCCAGUGGUUCUCGAUCCCAAAGUGUCAGCGCACAUAAAUAUGAUGAAUACUUUUGGAAAAAAGAAGAAGGACAAGUAGGCGAAUAGAAGACAGUACUGAAUUUUUCCUAGAACAUUUUAAAUUUUUAAUUUUAUUUUGUGUAGCAAUGCCAAAAGCAAAGAAUUGUGAGCUGUAAAAUAUUUUUUUUUAUGUUCUAUAUGAAUCUUAAUUUUAUUGUUUUUUAUGUAAUGUUUAAAUAUAACUUUUAUAUAUUUUAAUAUUUAAUUUUGUAUUUUAUGAUUUUGUUCCAUACGCUAGACAUUCCAU